AUGUUUACUCAGAAGCCGCAAGGCUAUCACCGCCUCGCAGAUCUCAUGGGCCGCUAUCCGGAGACCGCAAUCUUCAGACGGUUCAGCUCUUUGAACAUGAUCAAUUUGCUGUCACUCCAAGCAGAGUUGAUCGAGCUUCGAGAGAAUUGUGAAGAUGUCUGGGCCAAGGAUGGUGGUUUGGACAAUAUAGAUGAGGAGAAACUUUCGACAUUCUUGAAAGACAGCUCGCAGUAUAAAUUGUUACUCAAACUACGCAAAAAGCUUCGAGAGUACAGUACGGCUCAAGCAUGA